AUGUCCUCGUCGAAGACUGCAGAGCGCUCAUACCUGCCUUCCCUCGGCGUAACGAACCAUAAUAGCGCCUUUCUACCGUUGAAUCCUGAUCUGAGAGAGAUACGAUGCAUCAUCUUGCUGCCCGGAUCUGGAAAUGACCCUAUAGCCUGCGAACUGGUAUAUACCAGCAUAAAUGAGAAGAAUAGUACUCGCAUACCAUACGUUGCGCUAUCUUACUGUUGGGGAGAUAUGGAAGAUACCAUUGAGAUCAUAUUAUAUGGCCCAUCGACAACUUCAUCCGAUGCACAUGACGAACCAACCAGCGCGCCAUUUCGAAUCACGCGCAAUCUCUAUGCUGCGUUGAUGGCCCUGCGAGAUGACACCAAACAGUAUCUAUGGAUUGACGCUUUGUGUAUCAAUCAACAAGAUCCGAGGGAAAAGACGCACCAAGUUCAGUUAAUGGGAAAGAUCUACUCGUUGGCUGAAUCAGUGUUGGUGUGGCUAGGACCGGCCGAUAAAUACAGUCGAUUUCUUUUAAGACUAUGGACGGCACACCUACAUCCUCUGAUAAACAGUCUCGAUGGCGAAAGAGCAGACAACCUUUACGAGGAUCUUUUUCAGAGCCCCCACUCGCUAUGGGAUGAUGUAGCACAAGACAAAGAACUCAUCCAAUUCGCGCUCGAUUUCAACGAUGAAAUAGAGGAUGAGGCCUCGCCUGACCGGUACAAAAAGGCACUAUGGAUCAGCCACAACAAUCUUUUGAGUAGACCAUGGUACAGCCGGAUAUGGAUUGUACAAGAGGUUUUCUUGGCUCCGAGGAGUGAGGAAGGUGGACGCAAGGUCCAAUUCAGGGUCGGCGACAGUACAAUUCAUUGGCAAGAUACAAUGCAUACUAAGAUGAUCUUGCCGGGUUACGGUCUUCUCUCCGUUGGCAAAGCAUGUCGCUCGUGGUACGCACUUAUCGACAUGGACGAGAGGUUUUCGGCCCUGGACAUCGACUUUCUACUCACAUUUACGUCUCAUUUUUGCGCCUCAGAUCCUCGGGAUAAACUCUUUGCUUUACUCCAGCUAGCCUCGGAUACCAGAGAAAGCAUGGACGACCCUUUGAUCAUGCCUGAUUACACGAAGUCUCUGGCAGAUGUCGUUGAUGACCUGGUGCGUUGGAAACCAAGUUUGAGUAAAGCCCGUUCUUUACUUCAUGUUGAAGGAAAACGAAACAACAAUUCUCGUGACCGGUCGCCCCCGUCAAUAGAAAACAAUGAAUAA